AUGCGGCUGUUCUUUCCUUUGCUUUACGGAACAGACCCCGGCUCCGUAAACGUUGACCUGGUCCAUGGACCCAAAGCUGGAUUCAAGAUCAUUAUGGGAGGCUUUUCCCCAGCCAACGGGCUGCUGGAAUUGUUUCCAGCAAUGGAAUACGUUCCCGGUUUUGCAUGGGCUUCGAAAAAAGCGGGGGCGGCCUUGCUGGAAGCCUGUUUGGGCGAAAUCGACAAUAGGCUCGAAGCCGCGUUGCGGAACCCGUCCUGGAACUUCACGCAGGCGCUGUACGAGAGACGGCCGGCGGAAAUGAGCAGGAAAACACUGUGCAUAUUCAUGAUGGAAUUGGAGUUGACGGGCGUCAUGACAAUUGCUUUGUCGACUUGCAAUAUCGUCAAGAUGGCAGCUACUCAUCCGGGCGAGAUGCGCCGGGUCCAGGCAGAACUGGACACGCGAGUUGGAAGUGACCGGCUUCCGACGGUGGAAGACCUUCCCCACCUAUACCAUCUUCACGCCUUCAUUGAGGAGUGCUCUCGGCUGCAUCCUGUUUUCCCUCUGGGCGUCCCACACGCACCGACCCAAGAGGACGAGUAUAUGGGCUACCGCAUUCCUCAUGACGCAAUUAUUCUUCCCUUCCAGUACGGGUUGAACACCGAUGAGGCCACAUAUAAGGAUCCAAUGGCGUUCCAUCCUCAGCGAUGGAUUGAUGACCCCUCCCUGCCCCCUCCGGCUGCUUUCGGCAAUGGAAAGAGACUCUGUCCGGGUCAGCCGUUCGUGUCUGACAUUGUGGCCCUAAGCGUGGCAACUACAUUCUGGGGCUUUGCAUUAGAAGACCUAGGUGUCACGAGGGAUUCAGUCAGCUCCAAUUGUCUGCUGGUCCAGGAGAUCCCCCUAUCACAUGUGCGCCAUAUCUGUCGAAGCUCAGGCCACCUGGCUACAAUUGAGCGGGAAGCGCGUAAAAAAAUGUUGAGGACUGGACCUUGGGGCUGA